ACUAAAUAAAAAAAAUUCGUCAACUAUAGUGUAAAUGAGUCAUUUAAAAAUUUAAAAAUCUACUAAAAACCUAUUAAUUUUGAAUAAAAACUAAAAUAAACAAAAACUUCAUAAUGGGUUUAUUUGGUCAAACAAAAUCAAAAGAUCCCAAAGAACAGGUACAAGAAUGGACGCAUAAAAUACGCAAGGAAAGUAAUCAACUUGAUCGUCAAAUACGCAGCAUACAAAGAGAAGAGGAAAAAGUGAAACGAUCCCUUAAACAGGCAGCAGCUAAAAAUGAUCGUGAUACUUGCAUCAUAUUGGCUAAAGAAAUAGUUGGAGCGCGUAAAGCUAUUAAUCGGAUUUAUACUUCAAAGGCCCACUUAAAUUCAGUGCAGUUGCAAAUGAAAAAUCAAUUGGCAACUUUGCGUGUAGCUGGUUCCCUACAAAAAUCCACCGAAGUAAUGCAGGCAAUGCAAAAUUUGGUACGCUAUCCGGAAUUGGCUGGCAUAAUGCGUGACAUGUCCAAAGAAAUGAUGAAAGCGGGUAUUAUUGAAGAAAUGCUUGAAGAAACUAUGGAAUCCCUGGAGGAAACUGAGGAAAUGGAAGAGGAGGCUGCCAAGGAAGUCGAUAAAGUUUUGUGGGAAAUCACAAAUGGUAAAUUGGGUGAAGCUCCCCUACCACCCGAAGAUGCGGUUGCCGAAAAACAAAAAGUACCAGCUGCUGCUGUUGCAGUAGCCGCAGAUGUGGGCGAUGAUGAUGAUGAAGAAGAUGACCUACAGGAAAUGCAAUCACGUUUGGCUUCGUUACGGUCGUAAGAAAAAGCUAAGCAUUAUCGAAUCAUCGUGUACUUUUUAAAUUUAUCAUUUAAUUUGUCCAUUAUUUUAUUAAAUGGUUUUUAUUCAAAAUGAUAUAUUUUAUUUAAAUUAAUUGUAUUUUUUAAGUUUACAUUUUAAUUGUUAAUUUUAUUUUUUAUUAAAUUCUGGUAUUAAUAAUUUUAACUCAGUUUAAAAUUCACGCUUUCUUUUCAUAUAUUAAGUAUUUAAUAUCUUUUGAUAGUGUAAAAAACCUGAAUAAAUGUUUAUUAAAAAAUUACUAUUUGAA